CCGCCAUGGCGAGCUCCUCCGGCACGCUGCAGAAAGCAAAAGACCUUGCUAGCAAGGCAGCACAAGAAGAUAAAGCAGGAAACUAUGAGGAAGCAUUCCGCUUGUACCAGCAUGCUGUGCAGUAUCUUCUCCAUGUUGUUAAAUAUGAAGCACAGAACGAUAAAGCAAAACAGAGCAUUAGAAUGAAAUGUACGGAGUACCUGGACAGAGCAGAAAAGCUGAAAGAAUAUCUGAAAAAGAAAGAAAAAUCUGCGCCAAAGCCAGUUAAAGAGAGUGGUCCUACUGAUGGAAAAGGGAAUGACAGUGAUGGGGAAGGAGAGUCAGAAGAUCCUGAAAAAAAGAAGCUACAGAAUCAACUCCAAGGUGCAAUUGUUAUGGAGCGACCAAAUGUAAAGUGGAGUGACGUUGCUGGUCUUGAAGGUGCCAAAGAAGCACUUAAAGAAGCAGUGAUCCUGCCCAUUAAAUUUCCUCAUCUCUUUACAGGAAAGAGAACACCUUGGAGAGGUAUUCUUCUGUUUGGACCUCCAGGAACAGGAAAGUCCUAUUUAGCAAAAGCUGUGGCAACAGAAGCAAAUAAUUCUACAUUCUUCUCAGUAUCUUCCUCUGAUCUAGUCUCAAAGUGGUUAGGAGAGAGUGAAAGAUUAGUGAAAAACUUGUUCCAGCUUGCCAGAGAAAACAAACCUUCUAUUAUCUUCAUUGAUGAGAUAGAUUCCCUCUGUGGGUCAAGAAGUGAAAAUGAGAGCGAGGCUGCUAGACGAAUUAAAACAGAGUUUCUAGUCCAGAUGCAAGGGGUUGGUGUUGACAACGAAGGAAUCUUGGUCUUGGGAGCAACAAACAUACCCUGGGUUUUGGACUCUGCUAUCAGGAGGAGGUUUGAGAAGCGUAUUUACAUUCCUUUACCCGAAGACCAUGCCAGGGCUGCGAUGUUUAAACUUCACCUUGGGUCAACUCCAAAUCUCCUAACAGAAUCGGAUUAUCGAGAGCUCGGAAAGAGAACUGAUGGCUACUCUGGUGCCGAUAUUAGCAUCAUUGUACGUGAUGCACUGAUGCAGCCUGUUAGAAAAGUGCAAUCAGCUACUCACUUUAAAAAAGUAAAAGGACCAUCAGUGUCUAAUCCAAACAUCAUGGUAGACUUGUUCACCCCUUGCUCUCCAGGGGAUCCCGAAGCCAUAGAAAUGACAUGGAUGGAGGUCCCGGGUGAUAAAUUACUGGAGCCCCAGGUUUCCAUGGCUGAUAUGCUCAGGUCGCUCGCUAGCACAAAACCAACAGUUAAUGAACAAGACCUGGAGAAGUUAAAGAAGUUUACAGAAGAUUUUGGUCAGGAAGGUUAAACCAAAGAUCUAUGUGGAACAUUAGAACUUCUUUUUUAUUUUUUCUUGCUUUAUUAAGUAUCCUUGUGUCUUUAUUGAUGGCACUUCAAAAAAAAAAAAAAAGCCAAUAAAAUCACUUAUUUCUUACUUUGCAGAAAGAACAGAAGAUCUCUUUGCAAAGACCCUUCAGCUUCUGUAUUGUAUUGUUUCCUCAGAUGUCUAUUAAAUGUCUCCUAUUGAAAAAUAAUGCUAAAAGUAUAAUUUUAGGGUAAGACAGCAAAGUGUGGUGGUAACUUGUAUUAAAUAUUAGCAAACUUUAAAUGAUUAGUUCAAUUUUACUAAAUGUUCGAUUUUACAUGUUAUAUUAGACCUGGUUACAAGUAAGUUUUGAACUCCCAGUAGCCUCAAAACCCUUUUUUUGGAGGGUGGAAGAGAGUACCUAUUUAUCAGAUGUUUGCAAUAUCAGUCAAUCAGCCUGCUUAUUAAUUUUUUUAAAUUUCAUUUAGAAAAAGGCAACAAAUUUGCUAAAACAUAAAGCAUAUUGCAAGUGUGGGUUGCACUGUGAGGAUAAGACUACACGGGCCAGUACUUUACUUAAAUACUGAUGGACCUGACACUUGGCUUUUUCUGCUAUGCUGUAUUAAAAUUUUGCCUUAAACAGCAAGUUUCUGUUUUUAACUCUGUACCAGCUGAUACACAUGUGUCACUAUGCAAUUUAGCAAAGAUUUGUUAAAUGCAAGUAUUUUGGAUGGUAUUUCUUUCUUUUUCUUUUUUCUUUCUUUUUUUUUUUUUUAAUCUGAUAUAUUCUCUGCAGGAGUUUAAAGUAUAAAAAGCAUGAUUAGCAUCCUGUAAGAUUCUGCAUGUCAAGACCCACAAGGUAUACAUCAUCUUUGGGCUAAGGAAGGCAUUUGGGGAAAUAGCAUGCUUUGAUACCUGAGCAAAGGGUAACACAUGAUCUAGUAGCAGACUUCCAGAACCCUACUCGCAUCCAUUGGGUAUCGACCGCAUCAGUUUAGUGCGUAGGUUUUGAAGAAGGGCUGGCACUUCUGAUCAUCUUUCAAGUAUAGAUUGAGAUGUGCCUGAAUGUAACUUCCAGAACUCCAGUGUCAGCACUGAGUUUGUGCCUUUUAGGUUUGCACUGGCCAUAGAUUAAAAAACAUCAUAUGGAUACUAGAAUACUCUGUUCUCUUAGCAUUGUACAACUCUGUCCUGCAUAUGCUUUAAGUUGCAUUAAAAAUUUUGCACAUUUUGUGUGUAUGGUACAUAUACGUACACACACUUAUGAUCAUCUUUUGAUGGGUUUUGGUUUCCUUCAUGUACAGAUUUUGUGUACUUUAUAAAUCAUAGUGUACUUUAUAAAUCAUAGGACUGGUGAAAUUUGCUGUACUUAAAUGAAGUAAAAUGUUGUAGUACAACC